UUACUAUAGUCCAUGAGAAUUUUUGGUUCUUUACCUUUGCAAAAUAGGAAUAUAGGAAAGGAAAUAAACGAGAAUCAUGAGGUGAUCGACCAAAUCAAUGUGCACUAAAACGUUUAGGGGGUCAACUAGACAGGGGGCUAAAUUUUAUAUAUAUAAAGCAGAACCCAUCAGCUCCAUUUCUUAUACAAAUUUUCUAUACCUCUCCAAAAUACAAAGUUGCAAGCCUUUUCCAAAACACAUCAUUUUAUUAUUAGUAACAAAUUGCAACUUCCCAUGGAUAAUUUACCUAAAUGUGGAGCUAAUUAUGUGCCUCUUACUCCUCUCACCUUUUUAACAAGAGCCUCUAAUUCUUAUGCCAACCGCACCUCUAUUAUUUAUGCCAAUGUUGGCUUCAAUUGGCGGGAAACCCAUGAACGUUGUUGUCGCCUUGCUUCCUCCCUUCGCUCCUUAAACAUUGUCAAGAACGACGUGGUCUCAGUCCUUGCACCAAAUGUACCCGCCAUGUUAGAAAUGCAUUUUGCUGUGCCUAUGGCAGGGGCUGUGCUCAACGCCAUCAAUACAAGGCUGGACGCUAGAAAUGUUGCCCUUAUUCUCAAGCACUCCGAAGCCAAGAUCUUUUUUAUCGACUAUGAAUACAUUGACAAAGCUAAAAAGGCCAUUGAAAUACUAAUGUCCGACUUUCAAAUGCCAAUGCCUCUUGUCGUUGUCAUUGAUGACCUUGAUUCCCCUACUGGAAUCCGGUUAGGGGAGCUUGAAUACGAGCAGUUGGUAUUCCAAGGCAACCCUGAAUAUGUCGUUGAGAAUAUCGAUGAUGAAUGGGAUCCAAUUACUUUGAGCUAUACAUCAGGUACAACUUCAGAGCCAAAGGGAGUUGUGUACAGCCACAGAGGUGCUUUUUUAAGCACUUUGAGUUUGAUUUUGGGAUGGGAGAUGGGUACUGAGCCUGUCUACUUAUGGUCCCUCCCAAUGUUUCACUGCAAUGGUUGGACUUUCACGUGGGGAAUAGCUGCAAGGGGUGGCACAAAUGUUUGUAUCCGCAAUACAACAGCCCAAGAAAUCUACUCCAACAUAGCGUUACACAAAGUAACGCAUAUGUGUGCUGCGCCUAUUGUUCUCAGCAUAAUCCUUGAGGCCAAGCCACACGAGCAGCGUCAAAUUAUGACCCCGGUACAAGUUUUGGUGGGGGGUGCACCCCCAUCAGCACCACUGCUCGAAAAAACCGAGAGGGUGGGGUUCCACGUGGUCCACGCCUAUGGGCUCACAGAGGCCACUGGACCAGCUCUUGUGUGUGAGUGGCGAGCCAAGUGGAACAAAUUACCAAGGGAAGAACAAGCCAGAUUAAAGGCAAGACAAGGGCUGGGCAUACUAACACUUGCUGAUGUUGAUGUGAAGAAUAUGGAAAGUGUGCCUCGUGAUGGGAAAACAGCAGGGGAAAUAUGCCUGAGGGGAAGCAGUAUCAUGAAAGGGUACUUAAAGAAUGAAAAGGCAAAUUCAGAAGUAUUCAAGAAUGGUUGGUUAUUCACAGGGGAUAUGGGAGUGAUUCAUCCAGAUGGGUAUUUGGAAAUCAAAGAUAGAUGCAAAGAUGUGAUCAUAUCAGGUGGAGAGAACAUUAGCAGUGUAGAAGUAGAAAGUGCAAUAAUGAAACAUCCGUAUGUAGUAGAGGCCUCUGUUGUGGCAAUGCCACAUCCAAGGUGGGGUGAAAGUCCAUGUGCUUUUGUUAUAUUGAGGAAAGACUCAAACUUGAAAGAAUCAGAUAUAAUAGCACACUGUAAGAAGAAGUUAGCAGGAUUCAUGGUACCAAAGAAGGUUCAAUUUGUUGAAGAAUUGCCUAAAACAGGAUCAGGAAAAGUGCAGAAGAAUCAUUUGAGAGCAGUGGCAAAGACAUUUGUGGUGUCUGAUCAAACAAGCAAAAGGGAAAAGCCUAUAGCACACAAUCAAAAUCAUGAGCAGAUUCUUGUUCUGUCUCGUCUCUAGAGAUUGAAGAGAAAGACGUUUGGCUUGUUUAAUUCUAAUCACGUCUCUACUUUGAGUUUACCGUAUGCCUUAUUUAGUUUUGUAAUAUUUCAAGAAUUUGGUUAUAAUUUCAUCUUCUUCUUUUUUUUUUUUCUCUUAAUGUUAGUAGAGAAGAAGGUGAUUAUAAUUAUUUGUCGGUAAUCACUAACGCCACAAUCUAUCACUAGUUACCAAUCCUCAACCCUAUUUUGUUAUUUAAUCCAUAAAAGAGUUCUGCUCCUAUAAAAAAAAGUAGAGUAAUUUUAUGUUGAUCAACGAAUGUACUCUUCGGGCAGAACUUUACGAUGUUGUUGAGCUAUUGUAACUAAAAGAGCAUAAGUUGAGAAUUAGAUUGAUGGAUCGAUGCAGAUUGUACCACAUUUCAGUGAA